AUGAAUUUAACUUUCUCCACAUUUAUUUUUCUACUCACUUUCCUUUAUUUCUUUCUUUUCUCUUUUAUUCUCCUUUUCUUUCCUUUUUACUUUCUCUCGUUCUCUUCCGACAUUCACUUUUUUCUCUCUUUCUUCAUUAUUUCUGUUUCUUUUUCACAAAUUCCUUUUAUACGAUUUCUGAUCCUGUUUUCCGCCUCUUCUUCUUCUUCUUCUUCUUCUUCUUCUCCUCCUCCUCCUCAUCCUCCUCCUUCUUCUUCUUCUUCUUCUUCUUCUUCUUCUUCUUCAUUGUUCUUCAUUUUUGUUGUUUUCUUCUUUUUCGUUUUCCUUUUUUGGUUCUUCUUCUUCGUCUUCUUACUUUUCUUCGGUUUUGUAGGUCUUCUUCUUCCGUUUUGUUGUUGUUGUUGUUGUUCUUCUUCUUCUUCUUCAUAUUAUUAUUAUUAUUAUUUUCUAUUCCUCCCUUAA